AGGAUAACUGCAGUGACUGUGCAAUGUCUUGAGUAACCAUGCACUUCUUGAAGAGUUUUGUCGUUUUUUUGCUGUGUGGAUGCAUCCAGGAUAGCUCCACACGAAAUUAUCCCUUUCAUAGAAACUUAUGGACAUCGAUAACACCUCGAGGGAAAUUUCAAGAUUUCCAUAAUGUUACUAUUUACUUGGGUUAUUCCAACAAUCCAUUUGGUGUUUCAACACCCUCCGUGCCUUACAAUAAGCAAGGACUGUUGACGCAAGAAGUCCUACGCUCCCGCCAACCCCCGCACUCCGAAACUCCUCUUUUCAGCGACCUGAAGCCACCCUCAGAUAACAAAAUUGAUUCACAGUUUAACACCCCCCAGGAACAGAGGUCCAAACGUGGCGUAAUCCAUCUAUAUAAUAUGGUUAGUUGUGCCACAGGAUGUAAUCCGCUAAUUUACAAGGGAUACGGCUGCUAUUGUGGUUUCUUGGGAUCAGGAUAUGCAGUGGACGGGAUUGACAGGUGUUGCAAGAACCACGACUGGUGUUAUGACCGUGCCAAUUGCCCUAUGUUUUUGGAGUAUUUCGUGCCGUAUUAUUGGAAAUGUUUUGACAAUAGACCAUACUGCGCUAUUCCACCGGAUCAAAUAGGAGGCCCAGGAUCUUGUGCCCAGCGUCUGUGUGAAUGCGACAAGCUUCUGUCAGAGUGCCUCAGUAAAUACCCUUGUCCUUCCAAAAGGGCUGUGUGUAGGUCGUCCCCUUGGAGACUCAUUCAAAAUGCGUUUAUGGGAUUCUAGAUUUAUUUGAAAGCGGCGUUUCAAAUAGCGUUGUAAAUAAUAUUAUACUUUAUAAUAAAGUGUACCUUUAA